GUGUCAUCUUCUUCCUCCUCUGAUCUUUCGUUUGCCCCCGUGUUCAUCGGCGCCGGCGACAGCAAAACCGCCAUUAGCACACCUCUCUUCCUUCUCUCUCUCUCUCUCUCUCUCUCAUGAAACUCUAAAGAUCGCCGCCGACGCUUUCGGAGCGACAUUCUCUUCCUCGAUCUUAGGGAUCUCCAGAAAACCCUCCCCUUGCCGCAACGGUCCGAGGAGCUUCCCGCCCCGCCGGAGAACUUUCCCUCGCGGUUUGGGACGGCGGCGGGUUCAUCAUGAGGCUCGGCCAGAGUCAGGGCCACCUGAAUCAGUCCCAGAAGAUGGCGCUUGCUGGACUCGUUGCGGUCCUGCUUCCGGUCUUCUUCCCGAACCUGUUCAAGCCGCUGGGGCGCGCUUCGCCUUCCAUGUUCUCCGAAUGGAAUGCUCCAAAACCCAGACAUUUGCCUCUGCUAAAGGCUGCCAUACAGCGGCAAAUUCCCUUCAGACAACAGUUGGAUCUAUGGUCUCCGUUGCCUGAUCAAGGAUGGAAGCCCUGUAUUCGGUCUGCAGAUGAUAUGCCGCUGCCUGGGAAAUCUAUGGGCUACAUCCAGGUUUUCCUUGAUGGAGGCUUGAACCAGCAGAGGAUGGGGAUCUGUGAUGCAGUUGCCGUUGCCAAAAUCUUGAAUGCCACGCUGGUGAUUCCACAUCUUGAAGUUAAUCCUGUGUGGCAAGAUGCAAGUUCAUUUUCAGACAUAUUUGAUGUGGAUCACUUCAUCAGUGCAUUAGAAGGUGACAUUUCUAUAGUGAAAGAGCUUCCUAGUGAAUAUUCCUGGAGCACAAGGGAAUAUUAUGCUACAGGGAUUCGAGAUACCAGAAUUAAGAUGGCACCUGUUCAUGCUUCAGCAAACUGGUAUCUGGAAAAUGUAUUGCCUAUUCUGCAAAGAUUUGGAAUUGCUGCUAUUUCCCCAUUCUCUCACCGUUUAACCUUUAACAAUCUCCCACCAAACAUCCAGCGCUUGCGAUGUAAAGUCAACUUUGAAGCACUAGCUUUUGUUCCUCAUGUCAGAGAAUUGGGUGAGACCCUUGUAAGUCACCUUCGUUACCCUGUUACAGAAAGUCAAGCAAUGGGGAACUUAUUUGUGAAAGAUGGAAGAGAGCAGAUGAGAAAUCAGGGAUCAGGAAAGUUUGUUGUGUUACAUCUGCGUUUUGAUAAGGACAUGGCAGCUCAUUCAGCAUGCGAUUUUGGUGGGGGUAAAGCUGAAAGAAUGGCCCUUGCCAAGUACCGUCAGGUAAUAUGGCAGGGAAGGGUGGUGAAUUCCCAAUUUACCAAUGAAGAACUAAGGGGUCAGGGUCGUUGUCCUUUGACACCCGAACAGAUUGGGUUGCUGCUUGCAGCUUUAGGUUUCAGCAACAGUACACGACUUUAUCUUGCUUCUCAUAAGGUGUAUGGAGGAGAAUCAAGGAUCUCAACUUUACGCAAACUGUUUCCACUAAUGGAAGACAAGAAAAGUCUCACCUCUGCAGAAGAACGAGCCAAGGUCAAAGGCAAGGCUUCUUUACUGGCUGCAGUUGAUUAUUAUGUAAGCAUGCAGAGCGAUGUCUUCAUCUCUGCUUCUCCAGGAAAUAUGCACAAUGCUGUGCUAGGACAUCGAGCGUUUUUGAACUUGAAGACUAUAAGGCCAAACAUGGCGCUUCUGGGGCAGCUCUUUCUCAAUAAAAGCAUGGAAUGGUCAGACUUCCAGCAUGCUGUCAUAGAGGGACAUAUAAAAAGACAGGGUCAUAUUCGAUUGAGAAAGGAGAAGCAGUCCAUAUAUACAUAUCCCGCUCCCGAUUGUAUGUGCCAAGCUUAGAGGAUCGAAGUAGAGAUUCUUACGUAGCUCCUGGCAUCUCUAAUUAAAGAGCAUGCUGCAUCGUGUGAUAGUUAAACGCAUCUGCUCCGUAGCAUCUUUAAGUAGCUCUUUAGCCUAUGCCGCACGGAAUUUUAAUGUCGAUCUCUUUCCCUUUCCUGGUUUGUCCUUUGAGCUUAUACUUGUUGCCGUGGGUUUUGUUUAAAAUGAUUCUCACAAGUAA